AAAGACAAGAUGGAACUCUGUGCCUGCAGGAACCAGGCAUGUUCCCCCAGGAAGUGGCUGAUAGGCUUCUCCAGACGAUGGCCUUUCACGCUGGUCCCCAGGUUGAGACACCACGUGUGCUGAGGUUGCAUUGCUGAGCCACAGUCAGCGAUCUUGGAGAAAUGCUGGCAACCAGGAGCGCCGUUGCUACCCCAGGAAAAGCCAGAUGCUCUGAUUUGCGAUGAAAGGAAAAGGAAAAAUCUUCGACUCCAGACCAGAGAGCCUGGAUUGGUGAGCCUAGUGAUGGGGAGGGCCUCAGCUGGGCCUCCUGGCCCUGGGCAGCUCUUGCCUUUUGUUCUCCUGUAACUCCUGUUCCAGGUAUCUACCCUGUAGACUUGGACCAUCCUCUGGGUACUCAAAGCUUCACAAGCCUGAUGGAUCCUGCCAGAGGCGACACUUUGCUGGGCCUGCCCUUGACAUUCCAUUCCACAGUUACCUCCACAGCAGACUUGAGGCACUAAGGAGAGCUUGUGCAGAUGGGUAAAAUUCCCGAAUGCAGUAUUAAAGGCCUGCUAAAUGACGGAACUGUGGGAAUUUUCCGAGGCAACCAAAUGCGCUUGAAGCGAGCUUGUAUCCGCAAAGCGAAGAUCUCUGCUGUAGCUUUUCGGAAAGCCUUUUGCCAUCAUAAGCUGGUAGAACUUGAUGCCACUGGGGUGAAUGCCGACAUUACCAUCACGGACAUCAUCAGCGGGCUUGGCAGUAACAAAUGGCUUCAGCAGAAUUUGCAGUGCCUGGUGUUGAACUCGCUCACCCUUUCCCUGGAAGAUCCUUAUGAAAGGUGCUUCAGCCGGCUGUCCGGUCUGCGGGCUUUGAGCAUCACCAAUGUCCUCUUCUAUAACGAAGACUUGGCCGACGUGGCUUCGCUGCCUAGGCUGGAGAGCCUGGACAUCUCCAACACGUCAGUGACAGACAUCACGGCUCUGCUCGCCUGUAAAGACCGGCUCAGGGCCCUGACCAUGCACCACCUGAAGUGCUUGAAGAUGACCACCGCCCAGAUCUUGGGUGUGAUUGGAGAACUCAGGCACCUGGACCACCUGGACAUCUCCGACGAUAAGCAGUUCACCUCCGACAUAGCCCUUCGCCUCCUGGAGCAGAAGGACAUUCUGCCCAGUCUUGUGUCUCUGGACAUUUCCGGGAGGAAGCACGUGACCGACAAAGCUGUGGAGGCCUUUAUCCAGCAAAGGCCUACCAUGCAGUUUGUGGGCUUGUUGGCCACUGAUGCUGGCUACUCAGAGUUCCUCACUGGUGAAGGCCAUUUGAAGGUAUCGGGAGAAGCUAACGAGACUCAGAUUUCGGAAGCUUUGAAGCGAUACAGCGAGAGGGCCUUCUUUGUCCGGGAAGCCCUCUUUCACCUCUUCAGCCUGACCCAUGUCAUGGAAAAAACAAAGCCUGAGAUAUUGAAGCUGGUGGUCAUUGGGAUGAGGAACCACCCCAUGAACUUGCCGGUCCAGCUGGCAGCAAGUGCGUGUGUGUUUAACUUGACCAAGCAGGACUUAGCUGUGGGCAUGCCUGUGCGGCUCCUGGCUGAUGUGACCCAUCUACUGCUCAAAGCCAUGGAACACUUUCCUAAUCACCAGCAGCUGCAGAAAAAUUGCCUUCUUUCACUGUGCAGUGACCGGAUCCUUCAGGAUGUUCCAUUUAACAGGUUUGAAGCUGCCAAGCUUGUCAUGCAGUGGCUCUGUAACCACGAAGACCAGAACAUGCAGAGGAUGGCCGUGGCAAUCAUCUCCAUCCUCGCUGCGAAGCUUUCUACAGAACAGACUGCCCAGCUGGGAGCUGAGCUCUUCAUCGUCAGGCAACUUCUCCAGAUAGUGAAGCAGAAAACCAGCCAGAACUCCGUGGACACAACCCUCAAGUUCACCCUGAGUGCCCUUUGGAACCUCACGGAUGAGUCCCCGACAACCUGUAAGCACUUCAUAGAGAACCAAGGUCUCGAGCUCUUCAUGAGGGUGCUGGAGUCCUUCCCGACAGAGUCCUCCAUUCAGCAGAAAGUCCUUGGCCUUUUGAACAAUAUCGCUGAAGUGAAAGAAUUACAUUCUGAGCUGAUGUGGAAGGACUUUAUAGAUCAUAUCAGUAAACUCCUGCACAGUGUUGAGGUUGAAGUCAGCUACUUUGCAGCUGGAAUUAUUGCCCAUUUGAUAUCCAGAGGUGAACAGGCCUGGACUUUAAGCCGCACCCAAAGAAACGCCCUCCUUGAUGAUCUGCAUUCAGCCAUUUUGAAGUGGCCAACACCGGACUGUGAGAUGGUGGCAUACAGGUCUUUCAAUCCGUUUUUCCCAUUGCUCGGCUGUUUUACGACCCCUGGUGUGCAGCUGUGGGCAGUGUGGGCCAUGCAGCACGUCUGCAGCAAGAACCCGGCCCGGUACUGCAGCAUGCUCAUCGAGGAAGGCGGGCUGCAGCAUCUGUACAACAUCAAGGAGCAGGACCAGACUGACCCCCAUGUCCAGCAGAUCGCCAUUGCCAUCCUGGAUAGCUUGGAAAAACACAUUGUCCGUCAUGGGCGGCCACCCCCAGGGAAGAAGCAGUCGCAGGCCAAGCUCCACUGAGAACCAUGUGUCACAGGGCCACAGAAGGCCGACACUGUGGUUGUGCUCCCUCCUCUGUGCAGGAGGCCUGCUGCAGUGAGGAGCCUUGGUACCUUUACCACUGCAGGGUUAUUUAUUAGUGGGUGUGGACAGUGAUGCCCAUUCAAGCGAGUCUCUAAUUCCUGUUGUGAUUUUUUAAAAAUUUAAGGCAAGAAGAGAAGGGCCCCAUCCAUCCUUCUCUGACCAUUGAGAGACCUUUCCACAUAAUUCUUUGGUGUGUGAGUCUACCUGUGCUUGUGAGAUUGUGCAUCAUUAUGAGAAACUUCAGUGCACGAGCCCACUGCAGAGUGGUCCACAUUCAGGAGAUCUGCAGACCCCUCCCGAGCAAGGUGGCCCUUGAUGUGGUAUGUGGUCUGCUUUCUCUGCUGGGCACGGCCCGCGCCAGCCAUCCCCUGCGAAGGGGCGCGUGUCAGCACAGCCGCUGGAUUCUGUGUCCUUGCCUAGUGGAGGCCACUUGCCAGGCUGUUGCUGGUGGGCAAUGGAUGGAAGAGAAUGGGCCCGGCAAGGAGAAGGCCACCAGGUUGUUGAGGGAGAACGGAGAAGAGGAAUUGGGCAUGUGGCCUCUUUGCUCCGAUGCUUUCACUCACACAGCCUCUCUUUCUGAGACACCUCUCCUGGUGCAGCAACCAAGCAUGUGUUCUCUCUGUUCAUCCUGAGAAGGCUGCUCAGCUGUUUUCUUGUAAAAGUUCUUGGUACCUAAUCCCCUUCCCUCCUAAAAAAUCUUUCUGACUUGUUUCUUUGUGAAAUGUCCCAAGAUCCCCCUUGUUUGUAAGUCAGGUUGUAGAGGUGUGAAUCCGUAUACAGGCUCCUGUGGGUCACCCAGUCAUUUCUCCUCUAUUUCAUGUCUGUCUCUGUCCAGGGAGCCCAAGGUUGCACCACAUGCUCCCAUGCCCUGUUGGGAGAAAUGCUAGCAGUGACGGGCACUGGGGUCCUGAAGUGUAAAGCCCUUGGCCGUCCCUGUUCUUGUUCUGACGUCUUGUUCCUGUCUCACUGCCAACGGAGGAAAAGACAGCCAGGGAGAGGAUUUGGCAGGUGCUGGGUAUCUCUUGACCCUCAUCCGUGUCUUCAGGAGAACCUCUCUCCACUGACCACCCACCACCCAAAAAGUCAGGUGCUGUUCUAGGACUCGGCACAAUGGGGAAGAGUCAUUGGUGUUUCCAGCAGGGCCUUCUGGGAGCAUGGAGGACCUGCACCAGCUUGUUACUGAUCCUGGUCUGGGGGAAAGACAGAGUCCAUCUUUGCUUUACAACACAACUGUCGUUUCCCCGGGGACAGCCUGUGUUUUAAACAGAGGUUUGAAUUGAUGUGUUAAAGUUAGAGAGGGAGGGGAGCAUUUGUAAGACUGCUCACUUCCCAAAGAAAGUUUUUCUUUUUGAUGUGAUUAUCUUACAAGCAUGCAGUUAACAUCUUUGUUUGGUCUCAUUUCAUGUGACUGUGAGAAUAAGUCAACUUUAAUUUUGGUCAGAAUGAAAAUGGAAUUCGGCUAAAGGAAGAAAACGAGUAAAUUCAUGGUGAUUGGAUUUCUUCCAGUCCUGUAGGGUAAGGAAGUCUUGUAGACUUGGCCCAUUGUCACAGGUGAAAUCUACUUCAGGGGGACAUAGCAGGUUUUGGGGUUUUUUUUAAGAGGGAGAAAACCUGAUGUCACAUUAAUAUAAAAUUGAAUUUAAUUUCACUUUUUCCUUCUGGGUGUGGUUCUUUUAGCUUGUUUUUAAAUGUCACUAACUGUACCACGUGACACAUUGGCGGGAUGGAGCGUGUACUGGGGUGGUCAGAGCUGAGGACAAGGGACAGCUGUUCGCAUCCUCGAAGCUGCUAUCCUUCUAUCUGCUGCUUACAGCCUGAGCGCCAGAGGGGUGGGCAAAGAUCUGUGAGGACUUGGCUUCCCCCCUCUGUCCUGCCCCAUACAGGAUGAAAGGAUGUGUGCUGCUCAGGUGGAAAGGUCAGGUUCAUGAAAACACUAAAAGUGUCUGGAAGAUGGAAAGGUGUUUUUUUCAUCUGUAUUAUGGUACAGGCAGGUGAGCCCUCUAGUGGAAACCAGGCAGCCAUUCUCUUAGCUUGAAUCUUUAGAGUUUAAUUUAACCUUGACCCCACCCUCUCGCCCCUAUCAGCAGUGGGCAGAACCUUUGGAGGAGGAGCUCCCUGGCCAGCGGGUAGCACUUGCCCCAGUUACAUUUAAAAAUGCUAGUGCCUUUCUUUCCAGGAUGGUUCUUAGCAAGGUGUGAUGGCACGUGGAGGCACCAGACUGUUUGGGUUGGACCCUAGGUCCAGCUGUGCCGUGAUGUCUGUUACCAGUGACCGUUCAGGCCCCAGCCACAAGUGGAAUGCCCUGGCCCUCCCUGUUGCCAAGCAGUGUACCUUUGAAUAAUAGAGCACCAGAAUGUGGCAGCAUUUGGUGCCUUCGACAGUUCCCUCUCCUGUGGCACAAAGUGGAUAAGGGUGGAACCACUCCCCAGUGCCCGUGCCCUCCAUGCAAAGGGAAGGGAAUGAGGUGCCUUCUGGGCCUCAGAACAUCUUCGGAGAAAGAGCUCAGCGUGCACCAGGAUGGAUAUAAGUUAGAACUGUAUGUGGGUAGGCGUGAAAGUUGGCCACGAUCGUUACCUUUACCUUUCCCCAAGUGUGUUUGGUUGUGACUUUGACACUACAUAAAAUCACCCUUGGUUUGUGCAAUGAGCAAGAAUUAAGAAGUGUUGGAGAGGCUUCUUUUGCUUCUCCCGCCAAGAAGUCAGUGCUUCCUACUUGUGGGAGCUGAAGGCUUGUUUGUUUCUUGGUGUUUUUGUUUGUUUUUAUUUGAGAAUGUAGGACCCAUCUCUGUAAGGCUGCACUCUAGGAAAUAGACUCUUGUGGUUAAGAAUGACCCUGUAGUGUCAAUUAGCAGCUCACCCAUCUUCGAUAUGGGGGUGUGGGUGCCCAGAUAAUGGUGGGCCAUGAUCACAUGAGGAGAUGGUUUGCAGGGAUCCCUUUAUUGGCAGAAAUUUGUACUUGGAAGCCCCAGUUCUGUAGAGUGGACUUCAGGGAAAUUGCUGCUAUUAAUGGAAGGCCUGGGGCCAUAGGUGUUUGUGACAUAAGCUAACGCAUAUCUGUGGAAAGAUGUUUGUUAGCCCAUCCUGGUUUUUCCCUUAUGGUGUUUCAGGAUUCCAUUAGGAGCUACCCCUUCUAAUGAAGCCCGGCAGGUUCUGUGCUGAGGGAAGAGGGACAAGAAGAAGUCAUCGUGGUCCCACCCUUGGUCCAGAGAGUCUGGAAGAGGGGCUCACUUGGAAUUGCUGUCUGGCUUCUCCCCUUCCUGCUGCUGCCUGUCACCCCCUCAGACAAGGACAAGUGGCUGGCCUGCAGGUGGUCCCGUUUUCCAUAAGUGCAUGAAGUCCCGGUAGGAACUGCAGGAGAAGCCUGCCGCCGUGCUUCUUGCCCCCUUUUGCUGUGAUUCCUUGCUUCUCUCUCCCCCUGCCCGCUUUGAACAGAACCCAACAGAAAAACUUGAGGGCAUCUGCAUCUGGUAUUCAGGUUCUCUGGCCACAUUUGAUUGGAUGUCCUUCAGCUUUUGGCCUGAGGCUGGCAGUGCUGGUCAAGCCUCGGCUAAAUGAGGGUCUUCAAUCCUAGACUGGCUCAGACUGGAGCCUGCUCGCCAUCUGUUCGCUGCUGGCGAGGUGGGUUUCACUCUGGGGCUGUGCCUCCCACCUGCCUCCUACUCAGGCUUGUGGAUGUUUGUGUCUCCUGCAUCCAGUCUCACUCAGAUGUUUCAGACUGGUGUUAGGGAACGGAUAGAGUGUAUGUACUGAACGUUUGAAUUUCUGGGUGACAGACCUUGGCUUGUCUCUUUGGGGAAUAGAAUAGGCCCUGUCUUCAGAGGAUGAUGUGUAUGGUGUAUGAUGAAACCACUAGGAAAAGAGUUCAUUGAGUGGCCUUUAAAUUAAUCAGUGUAUCUUUUUUUUUUUUAGUAUAGCGCAGGUGCUACUGUUUUGGGUGUGUUUGUGGGAAGAUGCUUCAGGUGGUUAGAGUUCUAAAUGGGCCACUUGUGCCCUCCCGAGCCCCACCCUAAGCCUGCUGGAAAGGAGUUGAGGGGCAGGUAGGCCCUCUCUCCUUGCUGUGAUGUUUGGCCCCGCCUGAUGGGGGCUGCCAGGGUCUCGCAGCACCCCAGCCAGAGGUGGCAGCCAUUGGUGGGAAAUCUUGGGGAUCUGGAGGUUUGAUCAGGUAGUUCCGAGUGUUUUAUUUUAGACUUGUUUUUGCAGAAUUCUGCUUCAGUUCCUUUGGGGUGAAUUGAGAUUAGCCGAGAAGUCACUAAAUGUGGGCUUUUUCAAGAUUAAAAGUUCAGGAGCAUAAAGAGGGAGAUGAGCCCAGGUCAUCAAAUGGCCCAGAUAAAUAAAGAUGAGCUGUCUCUCUCGGAUGUUUUCAAGAGUUCCAGGAGCCUUGGGCUCUUGGGGGUUUUUUUAUCUGUUUUUCUUUCGCUUUGGUUUUCAGCUCUGCUCAGCUCCUUGCAUAGCUCAUUACAAAUCCGUCAGAAAGCAUCAUGUCGGUACCUUUUUUCCCCCCAAAGGUUCUCUGUUAUCUGGCCCCAAUGCACUGUUACCACUGUGGCCAGAUAAACAGGAUUAGACUGUAUUUGUGGACGGUACCUCAUUUCCAGCAAGUCCAUUACUUGUGUAAGCAGUUGGGGGUAAAGGGGUACAGAGGAAAAAGGAGUUUUUGAGUUUUGGCCUAAAUAAAUGUUAUAAAUUUUGUGUA